AUGUCCAACCCCCGCAGCCUCCAAGCCAAGAACCAUUUAGAAAGUUUGGACAAGCGGUUAAACACGUUUUUGUACUGCGUGUUUGGAGCGAGAGACUCCAGAGUACGAGGAUGGUUUCUGUUGGACUCGUACCUCCCCACCCUCUCCUUCACCAUCGUCUACCUCCUCAUAGUAUACCUGGGACCAAAAUUCAUGAGGAACAGGCCAGCGUACUCACUCAAGGGUGUUUUACUAGUGUACAACUUCUCUGUGACUAUGCUCUCCCUUUACAUGCUGGUUGAGCUCAUCUGUGCAUCGUGGUCGGGAGGCUACCGGCUGCAGUGUCAGGGACUCCAUGAAGCAGGGGAAGCUGAUGUCAGGGUAGCCAAGGUGCUGUGGUGGUACUACCUCUCCAAGCUGAUUGAGUUCCUUGACACCAUGUUCUUUGUGCUGCGGAAGAAAAACAGCCAGAUCACCUUCCUGCACGUGUAUCACCACGCCUCCAUGUUCAACAUCUGGUGGAGUGUUCUCAACUGGAUCCCCUGUGGACAGAGUUUCUUUGGGCCAACACUGAACAGUUUCAUCCACGUGUGUAUGUACUCCUAUUACGGCCUGUCCACAAUACCCUCCAUGCAUAAAUACCUCUGGUGGAAGCGCUACCUGACUCAGGCUCAGCUGGUCCAGUUUCUACUGUCCAUCAUACACACCCUGGGUGCAGUCAUCAUCCCCUGUGGUUUUCCCGUCAGCUGCCUGCUCUUCCAGGUCUCUUACAUGGCCACCCUAGUCAUCCUCUUUGUCAACUUCUACAUUCAGACCUACAGAAAAAGACAGCCCAGCGAAGACGAGAAGCUUUCUUUUGAGCAGAGCCACAUCAAGUCCAGUCAUCCAAAUGGCCACUCCGUCUUCACCAAUGGCACCAGCCUCAAGAAGAGGCAGUAGUCUUUGGACCUGGCUGUUGAGACCACGACAGACUUCAACUACCACCAGAAUCUAUAUAUACUGUGACACUACUGCUAUAAAGCUCAAAAACAGGGCUGCACUUCAGUACAUAUGUUGCGUUUUUGUAUAGAAUACUUUGUACUUCAUUUUUGUAUCAAAUCCUUGUUUUGGUUUCCUUAAAGCUUUACACUGAAUAUGUGUUACACUACUGUACACAAUGCUCAUUUCCACUUUCCGGAAA